AUGGGCCUCAGCUGCUUCAAGUCCUGGAAACAUGAAGGUACCGGCCGCAAAGGUAACAGAGACGUGUUGGCCAGUCCAGGUUCGUACUUCUUCCUGUCCAACAGUGCAGGUCAGGGGGACGAGUGGCUGAAGAGCCUCAACAAGGGAGUCUGGAUCCCGUUCACAGGCGUCUUCGGCCAGCGCCUGGAGGAGACGGUUCUCUACGAGCGGCGCUACGGCCUGCGCCUGGUUCCUCUGGUGGUGGAGCAGUGUGUGACCUUCAUCCGGGAGAGAGGCCUUCAGGAGGUGGGCUUGUUCCGACAGCCGGGGCAGGCCAGUCUGGUGAAAGAGCUGCAGGAGGCGUUCGAUGCCGGGGAGAGACCCUCGCUGGACGGGAGCACAGACGUCCACACGGUGGCGUCUCUGCUGAAGCUCUACCUCAGGCAGCUGCCGGAGCCGCUGGUUCCUUACGGCUGCUUCCAGGACUUCCUGUUGUGUGGACAGACGCUGAAGAGUGACCACACACAGGGUUUGGGGGAGCUGCGGAGUCUUCUUCACGAUUUGCCAGUUGCAAACUUUAACCUGCUCAACUUCAUCUGCCAGUUUCUGAAUGAAGUGCAGAGUUUCUCUGGCAGCAACAAGAUGAGCGACCAGAACCUGGCCACAGUGUUCGGACCAAACAUCCUCCGAGGCAAAGCUGAAGACCCGCAAAGCAUCAUGGGAGGUGCAGCCUUGGUCCAGGUACUGAUGCUGGAGCUCAUCAGAGAGCACGAGUCUCUGUUUGCCAAAGUGCCCCCCCCCCUCUCCUCCUAUCCACCUGAAGGCUCGCAUGCUUCACCCGGUGCUCUGAGGCACCCUCGUCUUCGUCAGCUGUCCAUGCCGCUCAUCGCAGGAGAGUCCAGCACCGACACACAGAACCACAGUAGCUGUAUCUUUGGUGCAGCCGCCGACCCAGACUCGUCCUGGGCCCAGAAGAGACUCCUCGGCCAUCGCUACACCUCCUCCCACCCGGGGAACUGCUUCUACCCCCCGCCCUCCUCCAGUCAGCCUCCUCAGCACCAACCUGACGGACCCGACUAUCACCAGGAUCAUGCUGGUGAAGGAUCGUUCUCCUCAAAUGUACAAGCUUCUGCAUCCAGCCUCCAGCUACAAGCCCCUCCCCCAGACAGCUCCAAGCCCAGACUGGUGCUGGUGGACUGGACCAAGCCGUGGCCUGGUCCUACAGAAGCAGAAGCUGGUUUCUGGAGCUCUGGUGCUGCAGAUGGAGAAGGUGCAGUGCAGGAGGCAGCGAGUGGGGGGAGCAGUGAGGCGCAGGAGGACAGCACCACGUCCGCCUACGACAACCUGGACCGGGGGUCUUCACACCAGAGGAUGGAGGACGUCACUGGUGAACAUCUUGAAACCAAUGAUCCAGGAGAAGACGUUGGGACAUGUGAAGAGAAGGAGGAGCCAGAGGACGCUGAGCAGAGGAGGGACGACUCGUCAUGCUCCUCCUACGAAGUUCUGCCAUUGGACGAGAGCACCGACGCUGUGGAGGCGGUUAACACCGACAUCUCACCAAAGAAACCUGAGAGCUUAUCCUCAAAUCAGGCAGAAGAAGAAAACAGUGAUCAUGUUGAUCAUGAAGACAUCAACAAUAACAACAACGAUGAUGAUGAUGAUGAAGAUGAGAGCGUCCACCAUCUGAACUCCCCAGCCUCUGCCCUCAGUGCCAGCCCCAUCAGCACAGGCAGCUCCGAGGUGUUCCUCCCCUCGGGUCCUCCAGACGUCGGGGGGCCGGUGGAUCCACUUCAGCCCUGGGGGGCUCACACCGGCCUGGCCAAGCUGCAGCAGCUGAUGGCCCAGCAGAAGGCCGAGUACCAGGCCAGGAUACACAGGUUGGAGCGCUGUAAUGACGUCCUGGAGCGGCAGGUGGCGCUACUCCGGGUCAGUCUCCAGCAGCAGAGGCGAAGCCAGAGCGUCACCGAGAUCAAGAUCCGCAACAUGGAGCGAGCCAAGGCCGAUGCAGACCGACGCAACGACACCAUGCAGAGAGAGAUGGAGCAGUUCUUCCAGAUGUACGGAGAGAUCCGAAGAAGAGGAGGAGGAGAGGAUGGGAGAGGAGGGGGGAGUCUCUAA